UGCUCAGUACUGUGUCACAGGUGGGUGUGAAGUGGCUUCUGCGCAGAAGCAGCUAAGAUUGCCCAGUUGGGUACAUGAGAAUAGAACACAUGAAACAAUCACGAUGACCAUGAGCAGCAUAAGGGUAGGUUUGAGAUGUUCCAGGGAAGCCCAGCAAACCCAUGCUCACCCCAGUGUCGAAGGCGCCGAGGGCUGUAGAUUGAAGGGCUUUCUCUGGUGUGCGGUUAGGCAUAGUAGGCUCCUGUACUGUGGGCAUGACGGGUUUUAUGGAUUUUAUAUUCUCUCUUCCCGCCGCCUCUCCGUGUGUAGUAGAGGCCUUUUUCAUAGGUCCUGCCUGUCUCAGGGAGGCCAGAGGGAGCCAUGCCUGCUCCCAGGGUCCACAUGGGGGGGCCUUGAGAAUCAGUGAGAAUUAGAAGUCUCCAGGUGAGGUGACACUUGGGACAGAGUCAAGGCCUCUAGCAUCCUCUCAUCCCCCAGAACUUUUGCUCAGUGUCAUCCUCUGCUGUCUGUUUUCCUUUAAUGAGGGAAACUUCUCAAACUCUGUUCUGGAACUGCCCGCAUGAGAAUGGAGUGCUGAGUUAAAGGGGAGAUUCCCAGGCUUCACCCCAGCCUUCCUGAAUCCAAGCCCCUCUGGUGAAGGCCAUGCCGCCCCCUGGGAAAGUCCCCCGAAAGGAGAACCUGGGGCUGCAGUGUGAGUGGGGGUCCUGCUCCUUUGUGUGCUCAGCCAUGGAGGAGUUCUUCGAGCAUGUCACUCAGCACCUGCAGAAGCACCUGCACAGCUCGGGGGAGGAGGAGGAGGAAGAGGAGGAGGACCUGCUGGAGGAAGAGUUCUCCUGCUUAUGGCAGGAGUGUGGCUUUUGUUCUCUGGACAGUUCUGCCGACCUUGUCCGCCACGUCUACUUCCACUGCUACCACACGAAGCUGAAGCAGUGGGGGCUGCAGGCCCUGCAGAGCCAGGCCGACCUCAGCCCUUGCAUCCUGGACUUCCACAGUCGCAACAUCAUCCCCGACAUCCCGGACCACUUCCUGUGUCUGUGGGAGCACUGUGAGAGAUCCUUCGACAAUCCCGAGUGGUUCUACCGGCACGUGGAAGCGCACAGCCUGUGCUGUGAAUACAAAGUCGUUGGCAAGGACAGCCAUGUGGUGCUGUGCGGCUGGAAAGGCUGCACCUGCACCUUCAAGGACCACUGCAAGCUUCGUGAGCACCUGCGCAGCCACUCCCAGGAGAAGGUGGCGGCCUGCCCCACCUGCGGGGGCAUGUUCGCCAACAACACCAAGUUCUUAGACCACAUCCGUCGCCAGACCUCACUGGAUCAGCAGCGCUUCCAGUGCUCUCACUGCUCCAAGAGGUUUGCCACUGAGAGGCUGCUGCGAGACCACAUGCGUAACCAUGUGAACCACUACAAGUGCCCUCUGUGCGACAUGACCUGUCCCUUGCCAUCUUCCCUCCGCAACCACAUGCGCUUUCGCCACAGCGAGGACCGGCCCUUUAGAUGCGACUGCUGUGACUACAGCUGCAAGAAUCUGAUCGAUCUCCGGAAGCACCUGGAUACCCACAGCAAGGAGCCAGCCUAUAAGUGUGAUGUUGAGAACUGCACCUUCAGCGCCCGAGCCCUCUGCUCCGUCAAGUCCCAUUUCCGGAAAGUGCAUGAAGGUUACUCAGAGCCAAGGUACAAAUGCCACGUGUGUGACAAAUGCUUCACCAGGGGUAACAACCUCACUGUGCAUCUUCGAAAGAAGCACCAGUUCAAGUGGCCCUCAGGGCACCCCCGUUUCCGAUACAAGGAGCAUGAGGACGGCUACAUGCGGCUGCAGCUGGUUCGCUAUGAAAGUGUGGAACUGACACAGCAGCUGCUGCGGCAGCCACAGGAGGGCUCGGACCUGGGAGCGUCCCUGAACGGGAGCGGCCUGCAGAGCAUCAUUCUAGAAACAGUGCCCGGGGAGCCAGGGCCCCCGCCAGAGGCGGGAGAGGAGGGCCGAGGUGGUGAGGACGGCCUCUCGGCCUCUCAGGACACCUCCGGUCCUGUCAUCCACGUGGUGAAUCAGGCCAAUGCCCAGGAGAUUGUCUACUAUGUGCUGUCCAAAGGCCCGGGAGAGUCCCACCCCAGCCCCUGAGCCCCCCAGGGGCCUCAGGAAAAAGCUUCAGGGAGGAGCUGGGAACCAGAAGUCCGGAUGGCGUGAAGGCGGUCAAGCAGCAACAUUCCGAGCCCAGGCUUGGGUCUGAGCCAGGCUGGUGGCAGUGCCCCUUGGGGCAGCCCUUGCCAGUGGAUGCCUUUUGGAGGGGUGCUGGGAGCAGUGUGGUCCACUCAGGAUCUGGCUUGCAUCAGUCGGCAGAUUCUGAGGACUUUCCUUUUCUGCCACACCAUGCCUUUGUGGGGACCCUGAGGAGCUGGGACCGAGGAGGAUAGCCUGGUUGUGUAUGUUCUUUUCUGUAGAGGGAGC